GCGCGGGCUGAUGGGGAGGGGCCGUAAAGGAGCCCACGCUACGUGUCGACUCGGACCACUGGGAGGGGACUGUGUCGCUGCGUGUCACCAACACACACGGUGAUGUGAAACCUGCUUCGACGUGCAUGUCAUGGCUUAAAAAUAGAUGCUAAUCCAUCACCCGGUCCCUGGCAGUGGCAGCCUCGGCGGUGGCGGCGGCGACGGGGUGGGGGCAGCUGCGGGAACCGCGGGAGAGAGUCAUGGCGGUGGGGCUGCCUGCGCCUGCGAGCCACCUUCGCCACUGAGACCCCGCGCGCCGCUCCCGAAAGCAACAGCUACCUGGUGACCAACCCCAUCACGACCACAGCAGCCCCUGCAGCUGCCACUGUUUCUGCUGCCUCUAAGAUGUGCCCUGGUAACUGGCUCUGGGCUUCCAUGACUUUUAUGGCCCGCUUCUCCCGGAGUAGCUCAAGGUCUCCUGUUCGCACUAGAGGGGCCCUGGAGGAGAUGCCAGCUGUUCAACAUCCCUUCCUCAAUGUCUUUGAAUUGGAGAGACUCCUCUACACAGGGAAGACAGCCUGUAACCACGCUGAUGAGGUCUGGCCAGGCCUCUACCUCGGAGACCAGGACAUAGCUAACAACCGUCGGGAGCUUCGUCGUCUGGGCAUCACCCACGUCCUCAACGCCUCACACAGCAAGUGGCGAGGCACACCUGAGGCCUAUGAGGGGCUGGGUAUCCGCUACCUGGGCGUCGAGGCCCAUGACUCGCCAGCCUUUGACAUGAGCAUCCACUUCCAGACAGCUGCCGACUUCAUCCAUCGGGCACUGAGCCAGCCAGGAGGGAAGAUCCUGGUGCACUGUGCUGUGGGAGUCAGCCGGUCCGCUACCCUGGUGCUGGCCUACCUCAUGCUGUACCACCACCUCACCCUUGUGGAGGCCAUCAAGAAAGUCAAGGACCACCGAGGCAUCAUCCCCAACCGGGGCUUCUUGAGGCAGCUCCUGGCCCUGGACCGCAGGCUGCGGCAGGGUCUGGAGGCAUGAGGGGAGGGAGGAGGAGGUCAUACCAGGCCUGUGGGUCCCUGGCUCCCAGCUGGAGAGAUGAGGCCCAGGUGGUAGGUAGCAGGCAGCCCAGAGAACCCAUCCUCUCCUGUGGGCAGGAGCAAGAGAGGCUGGGGCUCAGCCACUCUUCCUCUUGGUUGGGAGGGGAUGGGGAGUGAAGCUGAGCAGUGUGGUGGGGGCUCAGGAGGGGGUUGACCAGGGAAGGAAGCAGCUAGUCUGCAGGUGGAAGAUGGUUCUGGGAUUCGAACACCCCUGGAUUCCACCCAGGGUACACCCAGCAAUUCAAAGUCCCUUCCCCUCUUUGUGCCCAAGUGUUUCCCUCCCUCCUUGCUUAUUAAAACAGAAGGGCCGUCACUGUCCUGUGUCUGUGCAGCUGGGGUGCAGCAAGCAUGGCUGUGAUGGUGUAGCACCCUGUGGAGACAGUAGUGUAGAGACAGACGGUGAAGAGAUGGUGUUAAAAGCUGUGAAACCAGAGGGAGAAACCCACACACGGUCUUGUUACUCCAAGCAUAGACAGAGUAGGAUUAGGAGGGUUGGCAUCGUGCCUGUGGGUGCUGCUAGUGGCCAAGAAAUACAGAGGUGCAGAUGGAGAUCAUUUAGAUGAUUACUUGCUUACCGGCUCCAGGUGUCUCCAGGAAAAAUAAAGAUGGUGGACACGAACAGAGCCUCUUGAAGUGAUUGACUGUUUGAAAGAGUUCUGCACUUCUCCCCUGGGAGCACCAGGCUUGCUGAGGAUGACAACAAUUCCUGACUCCCUCGAAUGGGUAAUAAGCUUCCACCAGCCUUUAAGCCUCCCUCCACCAGUUCUUACUGAGGCGCCGCUUCUCCUAAAUUCAAUUUCAUGCUCCCGCAGCAGGCUAGUCCUUGAGAUGUUAUUUCCAUCCAUGUCCACAUAGGGGCAGCAGAGGACAGAGAACUUCAGGUUGGCAAACGUUUAGGUGACUUGUUGCUCAGAGGCCACACCCUCCACCUCCCAAGCUUAAAAUAGUCUCCCUUAAAAAAAAAAAAAAAAAAAAUUUUUUUCAUAUGCUCAGGUGUGUAAGAAGUGUAAAUUUAUUUUUGAAAACUCAGCCAGAUUUCUAUAUCAAGCCCCCAUUCUGGUGGGAUAUUAGUUCUAAAUCUACACUCCUUUCAGGGGGUUGGGUUUUCCUGGUGGCAAGGUAUGGAGGGUUAGGGCAGAAAAAAUGGGAUAAUUGCUUCCUCUCCUAAUCUUUACAGGUUUGCCUGAGAGGAAUGUACCAAAAUCUCCCUAGUAAACUUAGUCAAAAAUUAGACUCAGCAGCCAGAGAGAGUAGCUGGCUAUUUCUGUUAUCCAAACUGCCACCAUACCCCGCUCUGUAGGCUUGUUCCCAGAACAGGCUAUCUGCUUGCUUGAGACAGGGAGGUGGAAUGGAUAUGGAAGUGAAAAAAAAAAAACCAGGAGGAUCACUAUCUAGAGUGUAUACCCAACGCAAAAGUAUAGAAACUCAGUAUCCUUAAGUUGAACAGUCGCUUCAUUGAUUAUACAUGUCUGCUUUAAAAAGGCAUGAGUGAUUUACCAAAAAAAAAAAAAAAAAAAAUGCUGUGGAGUCAGUUCAGACUCAUGGCAACCCUAUGUGUGUCAGAGUAGAACUGUGCUCCACAGGUUUUCAGUGGCUGGUUUUUCAGAAGUAGAUCAUCAGGAUAUUCUCCCAAGGUGCUUCUGGGUGGACUCGAACCUCCAACCUUUCAGUUAGCAGCUGGGUAUGUUAACCACGUGCACCACCCAGGAACGUGAAUAAAUUGCCUUUUUAAUAUCAUCGACGGUAGUCGUCAAGUGUUCGUUUCAGCAUCUUUGAAGACUGUGCACGGCUGCAGAAUUCCCACACCGUUUUACACAGCUGUAAAUAUGGGGGGAAAGCUCUGCCUUACAGACAUGUAAUGUUACUGUGGUAGUGAGAUGCAGCUGAAAGACCUUGGCCUUUAGUAUUGGGCAGCUUAGAAUCCCUGACUUGGAUGUAACACCCACGGAUUAUGGAAUUUGGGCAAGACCCCUUUCCUCUUCUCUGUCUAUCUACUGGCCAUAGUUUGCCUACUUCCACAGGUUGGUUAUGAUAAUUUAAUCAGAUAAUAAAGUCCUGAGAACAGUGUUUGGUAUAUGUUCUUUCUUUGGUGACAGCCCCUUACAUCGUGUGACACCAACUAUCAUGGCUCCUGUGUCCUGCCAUCCCAGCCUAACAUCUGAGGUUCUUUCCAACAGACCACAUUUGUCCCGUUUCAAGUUCUCCCAUCAGCCUUGCUAUCCCUACCUA